AAGCUGUUUAAAAAAUUCCGACUAUGAAAACUACAACGGUUAUCCUGUUAUGUACUUGGGCCGUUUUGGCUCAGUCCAUGUCCAUAAAAGACGCUGAAAAAUGUUCAGAUGAAAAGUGCAAAAUUGGAGAUAACUGCCGUUGUUCUUCAACAAAAUCGCCUCUCGAUGGAGACGCACCACAGCUGAUCACUCUGACUUUUGACGAAGCCGUGGUCAAUAACAUUUUCACCGAUGUUUGGAAACCACUGCUGUUUGACCGGAAAAAUCCCGAUGGCAAUCCCAUCAGUGCGACUUUUUUUGUACCACAUGAGUAUACCGAUUAUAGGAGAGUCCAAGAACUGUACGUUCAAGGGUUUGAAAUCGGCGUAAACUCCAUAACCAAGAACAGCACGGCAGAGUACUGGUUGAAAGCUUCAGAGGACGUGUUAAGGGAAGAAUUUGAGGGUCAGCGCAUUCUCAUGUCCCACUUUGCCAACAUUCCCAUUGAGGAUAUUGUGGGCGCUAGAACGCCCCAACUUCAACUGCAAGGUGACGCUUCAGUCAAUGCGUACGUUGCCUCUGGAGUAGCAUACGACAGCUCAUGGACGUCCAGAAGCACGUCUAUGAUGUUCCCGUAUACGCUUGACUACCUCUCCACACAAGAGUGCCGAACGGGUACCACAUGCCCAAAAGACCCCCAUGCCGGUUUUUGGGUUGCCCCAAUAAUUAACAUUCAAGGAAAUAGCACGGAUGGCAUCCUUGAAUGCAACUCUCUAAAUACUUGUAACUUCCACGGGACAGCUGAGGAAAUUGCCCAGUGGCUGCUAUCUCAAAUAGAACGUGAACGUUCCACUACAAAAGCCCCGUUAUCACUGAUGGUGCCUUCGUCGUGGUUUCGUUUCACCGAUAACAGUUAUGAAGGAUUCAAAACAUUCUUAGAUGAGUUGGCUAAACUCAACGAUGUGUUCCUCGUAAGUCUGAAACAAGUGAUCGACUGGACCAAAAACCCUGUGUCCGCGAGCGAUUUUAAAACUGACGUUCCGGAAAGAACCGCAGAUUGUGAUAACCCAAGGAACUGUCCACUUCGAAAUACCAACGGCGAUCUCAGAUACAUGAUGUCGUGUGUAGAAUGCCCGGAAGUGUACCCAUGGCUGGGUAAUCCCUUAGGACAAGCUGAAACCACCACUCCUGCACCUACAACCGCAGAACCUACAACCCCGACACCUGAGGAAACUACAACUCCUGAAGCUUUUUAGCUAUUUAUUAU